AUGGCACUAACAACAGCAACAGCUGGUCUGGAUGAUCUGCUUAAAAUGGCUCCAAAAUACAAGUUAACCUACUUUCCUGUUAUGGCAUUAGGAGAGCCUAUUCGAUUUUUAUUUUCAUAUGGAGGCAUUGAAUUUGAAGAUUAUAGGUUUGAUCGAGAAAAUUGGCCAGACUUAAAGCCAAAAAUGCCUUUUGGCCAGACUCCAGUGUUGGAAGUUGAUGGUAAAACAAUUCAUCAGUCGGCAGCAAUUUGCCGCUAUCUUGCUAAACAAGUUGGUCUUGCUGGAGCUGAUGACUGGGAAGCACUACAAAUUGAUGCUGUAAUUGAUACAUUCACAGACUUUCGUACAAAAAUUGCAAAUUAUCACUAUGACAGUGAUCCCGAUUCAAAGGAGAAAAAGAAAGAACCACUCUUCAAAGAAACUAUUCCUUACUACAUGCCAAAGUUUGAAGAACUGGCAAAGAAGAAUAGUGGCUAUUUCGUGAAUGGAAAAUUGACAUGGGCUGAUGUUUAUUUUGUGGCCAUUCUUGAUUAUUUGAACUUUAUGGUUGGUAAAGAUCUUGUGGAAGAAUACCCUACUUUACGAGCUCUACGUACUACUGUUCUUGAGUUGCCUGGAAUCAAAGAAUGGGUUGCAAAACGCCCUGUUACUGAGUGUUAAUCAUUGAUCUGCAUUCAUGAUUUAUAUGCUUUAUUUGCUUUGCAUUAAAAAUUUCUCAUUUAUAUAUGUUCACGUGACUCUUGAUUUACUGAGAGUCUCUUGUUUGUUGACAAAAUAAGGUGACAAACAUAGAUAAUGACAAUUUCUUCAGGUACUCUGUGCGAAAGACACAACAUUUUGAGAUUAAAAUACCAUUAGGAUUAAAUUACUAAUCCUUAGUGAGCUUGACAUCACUGUUAUGUAAAGUUUUCAGAGUAUUUUUUUAAUGUGCCACUUAUAAGAGUUAUAUAUUGCUAAUAAAAUGUUCAAAAAACAUGGAUGUAUCAGUUGACUAUUACCCAAGAGAAAGUCUUUGAAGUGACAUUUCCUCUUAUCAUUAUCCUUUCCAGAUUAGAUUAUUUCUCAGAGAUACCAAUUUCAUGAAGUUUCUUGUUAGUUCAGCAGUCAUGGCAACUAAAUACAAACUUAACUAUUAUAAUACCAGAGGACAGGGUGAAGCAAUUAGAUUUCUUCUAUCGUAUGGAGAAGUACCAUUUGAAGACAACCGCGUGAGCAUUCACGAAUGGCAUCAACUUAAACGUGGUAAAAUAUUUGUCAGUGAUAAAAGAAUUAGUUUUGUAUUGCAAGGAAAAAUUAAGGGUAGAUUAAGUCACGUCUUGUAAACUAAUGGGUAGUUUUAAAUUAAAGUAAUAAUUUGAUUGUUCAAUUAUUAGUUUAUUGUAGUUAAGUUUAUGCAACAGUUAAUAAAGUAGG